CCUUCCUUAAUGGCUCGCGUUGACGGGAAAGCCAGACGACAAACGGAAAAGAGUUAGUUUAAACCGGGCGGGAGCCGGAAAAAUUUGAAUUCGAAUUCGAAGGGAAGAAGAAGAAGAAGAAAAAGAAGAAGACAAUAAAUGAAAUCCAAAUGCAGAUAAAGAAAAUAGUGUAGGCAGGAGAAAUCAGGACAACGUUCAUUAAUCUGGGUAUUGCAGGAGAAGAAGUGUUGGUGAUGGGAAGUGGGGUGCACAGCAGGACGCCGCUCAAGGCGAAGGCAGGGGCGAGGACUCGGGACUUACGCCACAAUGACGAUGAUAUGGAGCGAGCUCAAGCCCGCGCAAGCGCUACCAUGAGGAGGAAGUCAUUGCUGUCACAGCCACAUACGGAGCAGCCCUCUCCCUCUGGCGCCCUCCUUGCCAAGGAUCAAAUUCUCGAUCUUUUUCAGAACUGCAUCAAGCUGGCUUCUGAAAAUAAAAUUAAUCAACGGAAUACCUGGGAGCUUGAUCUCAUUGAUCAUCUCAGUGAUAUUAUAAAAGUAGAGGACGAGGACACCGAGACUAACUUCCAGAAGGCAAGUUGCUCGUUGGAAGCAGGUGUAAAGAUCUACUCAUUGAGAGUGGAUUCAGUGCAUUCCGAAGCAUAUAAGGUCCUUGGCGGUAUCAAUCGUACUGGAGCAGGCGAUGCAGAAGGUGAUGGAGAGGGAGAAACUGAGGUUUCAGACCAGCAGGAAGGUGAUACAAAGGAGUCUGCAAAGAGUUCAGAUCCCUCUACCACUUUGGAAUCUUCUUUUGAUGCACUUAAUAUGAAAAAAUUUGAUGUGGCUUUUACAGUAGAUCCUUUGUAUCAUCAAACAUCUGCACAAUUUGAUGAAGGGGGGGCCAAGGGUCUUCUUUUGAAUACUCUUAGUGUUUACAACGAUUGCCGUAUAGUAUUUGAUUCUCUGGACAUUCCUGGGAAAAACAUGAAGUCCAGUGUAACACAAAAUAAUGACAUUCAUGAGACAGUUGAUAUGCGUUUCAUCAAAGAUAGUGUUGACCAGAUGGUGUUGAGCAUGCAAGCUAAAAUGGAGAUCUCACCAAUUCUUAAAGAAAUUCUUAUAUUGCUUGAAGAUCCUUAUUGGAAUUCUGUAGAAGCUGUUGCAUUCAUGGAAAAUAAUGAUGAUACCAUCCAUGCUUCUCUUGAUAUGCAAGAAAUAUUUAACGGAGAAGAUGUAAUGGAUGAUGCUUUUGAUGUAGAUCCACAGGAUUUUGAAUGCAGUGACAAUGUUGGUGUUGUAGAGGAUAAUUUGAAUAACAUGAGCCCAGGCUCUCAUGGUUCUUUUGCUCAAGAAAAAACUGACAAUGAGGCAAGAUUUGGUUACGGUGAAUUUAUAUUAGAAGAUGAUAAGGAUUCAAUGAGUGAACAUACACUUGACUAUUUGUUCUUAGGGAUGGGGGUAUUAUCCAAAUCAAAUGCUUGGGCUGGUCCUGAGCACUGGAAGUUUCGGCGAAUUAAAGAUGUGCAACAGAGAUCGGAUGCUCAGAGUGCACUUUCAGAAAAAGACAAUAAAUUAAAGAAGAAGAAAAAGGAGCCAUUUUCCAUUGACUUUUUGAAUUGUUCUGAAACUGAAAAUAAUAAUUUCUUUGCACCCCCUAAAACACAGCGGUCGUUACUAUUGCCCCAGAAUAGUGCCUCUAAUAGGUCUACUCUGCCAGAAGAUUGUCAUUACCAGCCAGAGGAGUUUGUAAAGCUCUUCUUAAUGCCGUGUGUUAUGUGUAUCGGGAAAAAAGGAAGAAAAGUCAAUGAUGAUUUGCUUGAGCCUACGAACUGUUUUGAACCAUCAGUUACAUGGGGCAACCAAGAUGGUUUUGAUUCUAACUGGGAUGAUGCACUCGUUGAUAGUGAUCUUGAAGAUUCAAAUGUGAACAUGGUUGUUCAGCCUCGCAAGGUUCAAAAGAUUGAAGUUGACUACGACAAAACAUCAAAGCAAGUUGAUGUUCAUGUUUUAAAAAGAACACUUUGGGUUGCUAUACAAGAUGUUUGUAGGAACACAAAAAUGGUUAAGGGGCAAAAAUCUAAAACUGUAACAUCAUUUCAGGCACUACUCAGCAACUUUCCUGCAGAUUGCCCAGCUGCUGCACCUGAGGAUAUAUCAGUGCAUCUGUGUUUCAUCUGCUUACUACAUUUAGCUAAUGAGCAUUGUUUAAGCAUCCAAGAUCACUCGAGUCUAGAUGACCUUUCCAUCCAAAUACCAGUUGAGUCACUGAAGUAAGCAAUUGUUGGAAUCUACGAUAUGAUAUGCUCACUUUUCUAUUUUGUGGAUUAUUUCAGUUGAAAAUCAGGCUCAUUCUUUGCAAGAUAAGGUCUUGCAUUCUGUACCAUAUUCUUUGGGUAGUAAUCUCAGUGCCUGUAACAAUGUCUUAGAUGUGCACGUUAUCUGGAGAUUGUGGAAACUAGAAUUUAUAAUUAUUUUUACAUUUUCAUGGGAGAAUCGAAAAGGCUUCCCCAUAUCUUCAUAAAUGAAACCAGCUUUUAGUGGAUUUACAAACUGCAAAUAUUUGGCAUAAAAUUGGUUUAUUUUUACAUUAAUAAUUUGGAAUUUUGCCGUAUAGGCUUCAUA